UGCAUAUGAGGAGUGUUGUAGAAUGCCAAAGAGCAGCAAGCCAGGGUAAGGGUCAGUGUGGCCAGGCAUUCCCACCAAGGGUUAAUAAAGAUGCAAAGAGCAAUCAGAGGCAUUUAUUUUACUGUUCGUUCUGGUGCACAGCUUUCAGCAGCUGUCAGGAACAUGUCUUCGUUAUCAGUUUCUCCACCUUCUUCACUUCUGCAGCCUCUGAACGUUCCUCAUCGGCUUAUGUUGGGCCCUGGACCAUCCAAUGUCCCCCCCCGAAUACAAGCUGCUGGGGGCCUGCCGAUCAUUGGUCACAUGCACCCCGAAAUGUUUCAGAUAAUGGAUGACAUUAAGAAGGGGAUACAGUAUGCAUUCCAGACCCAGAACCCCCUGACCAUAGCGUUGAGUGGCUCUGGUCACUGUGCUAUGGAGGCAGCGCUUUUUAACGUGGUGGAGAAAGGAGAAGUGGUGCUUAUUGCAGUAAAAGGAAUUUGGGGAGAGCGAGCAGCUGACAUUGCAGAGAGGAUAGGUGCUGAGGUGCAUCUCUUGUCAAAACCACCAGGUGAAGCCUUCACGUUGAAGGAUGUAGAAAAGGGUUUAGCUGAACAUAAACCUACUCUAUUAUUCAUUACACAUGGAGAGUCCUCCAGUGGCGUGGUGCAACCAUUGGACGGCUUUGGAGAAUUGUGUCAUAGAUAUAACUGUCUACUUCUUGUAGACUCUGUGGCAUCUUUAGGAGGAGCUCCCCUUUACAUGGACAAACAGGGAAUCGACAUCUUGUAUUCUGGAUCUCAAAAGGUCUUGAACGCACCCCCUGGUACCGCACCCAUUUCCUUCAGUGAGGCAGCAACUAAGAAGAUUUUUAGCCGUAAGACUAAACCGCCGUCCCUAUAUGUGGAUAUGAGUUGGCUUUCAAACUACUGGGGAUGUGAUGGGAAACCAAGAAUGUACCACCACACAGGACCAAUAACCAACUUCUUCACACUGAGAGAGGGACUAGCAAUGCUGGCUGAACAGGGCUUAGAGAAUUCCUGGAACAUGCAUCGUGAGAAUACUUUAAGGCUGCACAAAGGUUUGGAGGUUCUAGGUCUAAAGCUUUUUGUGAAGGAUCCAGCCCUGCGUCUCCCCACUGUCACAACUGUUAGUGUGCCAGAGGGCUACGAAUGGAGAGAUAUCAUAACGUACCUCAUGAAGAACCACAGCAUCGAAAUCACGGGUGGGCUGGGACCCUCCAGUGGAAAGGUUCUCCGUAUUGGACUAAUGGGAUACAACUCAACCAAAAACAAUGUGGAUCGCGUUCUCGACGCUCUCCGUGAUGCCCUGAAACACUGUCCUAGAAGCAAAAUGUGAAAGUCUUAUACAAUGCUGUCAAAGGAACCAAUUUAUCUAGUCUAGCUACCAGCCUACAGCCCUUGUAUCCUGUUCCUCCAUUCCAUACCCAGUAAUUGCAGAACAUUAUUAUUUAGAAAUCAGGAAUAAAUGAACUGUGACCACAUGGACAAAAUAUCCGUAGUAGAAUUAAGUCCUAUAUUGUAGCGUUAUCCCAAUGAGGAAACAGGAAUACACUCCAGGGCAGUGUAAUAGGGAGAGUAAUGAUCCGUGCCUUGGAUUUAACUCAUCACAACAGUGUUGCAUUAAAUUCCUCUUAAAUAUUGUCACUGUUAGUUGGAGGGAUUCCUUUGGCACUCAUCUACGAUCUAACACUAGGAGGGUUAUUAGCUAAUUAGUUCAUUUAAAGUGAAUUUCAAAGUUAAGGCUAAAAUAGCCAAACUGGAAAGAUUCUCCAAGUCAGCUAUGCUUCCAAUUCAGCUUAUUAGGCCUUAAAUUUGAAUUUCACUUUCAAUUCUCAUUUUAGGGAAUAACCCUGAUGGUUUACUGCUAGAUACACACACACAUAUAUCUACGCACAUACAGUACAUACACACAUGCAUAAUAUGCAAUAAUAAUUGAUCAGGUAAAUUUAAAGCCCUCAAUUGAGGUAUCACUUUUUUCUUAUUAUGUUUGUAUUAUCAGUUUCUUUAAAUAUUUCCUUUUCAAAUAGAUCCAAACCAUUUUAGUUGAUAAAAUAUAAGAUAGCGUGAAUACUAUGCAUAUUUUUGACUAUGAACAAUGAAUGUCUUAUAUGUGCCUUAGAUUGCUAAUAAAAUUGUUUCACUGAA